UUUUUUACGUUAGGUUUUUAAAUAUAGAGUUCCUAAGAAUGAAUAGCUGACCAUCAGUGCCGAGGCUCUGGCCCUAACUGUGAUAACAAUGUGAGGCCAGAUUAAGCAGCUUCCUGUUGUAGUAAACGACCUUUAGCUUUUUGUACCGCUGCUAUAAAACAUUCUGUUUAUUCUCUGAAAAGAAACCGUUAUCUCUCCCCCCCCACACACACACACCCAGUCUGAGGUAUGUAUGUAACUUCAGACAUUUCAGAAUUCUGUCAUCGCAGUCUGACCAGCUGUUCACAGCUUUUGUUUAGGAAAGGACAGUGUGGCAUCGCACAUUACACGUACAGCUCGCCUUUCCUCUUUAAAUCCCCGGUGGGCCUCGCAGUGAAACCUAACUCUGGUUUUGCUUUGGUUUUCGUUCGCUUCUUUUUCAAAUGUAUCUUCUUCCUGCUUACUUUUUUUUUUUAAGGCAGCGCCUGCAAAAGGAGAACCCCCCUUCCAUAGGACUAAGAGACAGGAAGUUUACGCGGGGAUGGGGGCGGGGGCGGGGACGGGGACGGGAAGCACUGCUGAAAUAGGUUUACUCCCUCGGUUCUAAAAUACAGUUGCUGUUAAGGCUGGAGAUGCUGCUGCCCAGAGCACAAGAUAUAAAAAGAUCUCUCUGUCUGGAUUUCCUCUUUUCCAAUCUCCUUGCCAGAUAAGAGGGGUUAGGUUGUCUUGAGUUGGAACCCACAUUUCUUUCUUGAUUCAGGAUAACCAGCUAACAGAUAUUCACUACUGUCGUCCUGAAAUUAACUGAGGAUAUUCAUUAAUUUCCUGGAAGCUAGAUUUUUGAAAAGUCUUGAUUUUGCCUGUCUCUUGAGGCAAAACUUAGCAACUUUGGGGAUUGAUAAAUCUUCUGUCUUCCUGGUCCUCUCCCUGCUUUUUCUCAACUCCACUGCAAGCAAGAGUGGACAUACUCUUAGGGUGGCUUUUGUGGCAGGCAUGGAUCCUAGCUGAACUCUUUCUCCAGUGUACAACAUUGCUGCAUCUCACUGAGGCCUGACAGUUCUCCUUUUGACACCUCAUUACACAUAGCAGAGGUUGAAUAUUUGGAGACAUGUGAACUGAAUUGAGAAGAACCAGACCAAUAAGGGAAAUUUUAACUGCACAUUGAGAGAAAACUAAAGGCAUAAAUCCUAAAGAUGUCUUCCAGUAAUGACCACGUGUUAGUACCAAUGUCGCAGAGAAACAACAACGGCCUUCCUAGGAUGAACUCCAGAGCCGUUAGGACGCUCGCAGAAGGAGAUGUGUUGAGUUUUCAUCACAUCACCUAUCGAGUGAAAGUAAAGAGUGGGUUUCUAGUCCGGAAAACAGUUGAGAAAGAAAUACUAUCAGAUAUCAAUGGGAUCAUGAAACCUGGCCUUAAUGCUAUUCUGGGACCCACAGGCGGAGGCAAGUCUUCGUUGCUAGAUGUCUUAGCAGCAAGGAAAGAUCCAAAGGGAUUAUCUGGAGAUGUUUUGAUAAAUGGAGCACCUCAACCUGCCCAUUUCAAAUGCUGUUCAGGUUAUGUGGUUCAAGAUGACGUUGUGAUGGGCACCCUGACAGUGAGAGAAAACUUACAGUUCUCAGCAGCUCUUCGACUUCCAACAACUAUGAAGAAUCAUGAAAAAAAUGAACGGAUUAACACAAUCAUUAAAGAGUUAGGUCUGGAAAAAGUAGCAGAUUCUAAGGUCGGAACUCAGUUUAUCCGUGGCAUCUCUGGAGGAGAAAGAAAAAGGACAAGCAUAGGGAUGGAGCUGAUCACUGACCCUUCCAUCCUCUUCCUGGAUGAGCCCACGACUGGUUUGGACUCAAGCACAGCGAAUGCUGUCCUUUUGCUCCUGAAAAGGAUGUCUAAACAGGGUCGAACAAUCAUCUUCUCCAUUCAUCAGCCUCGGUAUUCCAUCUUUAAGUUGUUUGACAGCCUCACCUUACUGGCUUCCGGGAAACUCGUGUUCCAUGGGCCAGCACAGAAGGCCUUGGAGUACUUUGCAUCAGCAGGUUACCACUGUGAGCCCUACAACAACCCUGCGGAUUUUUUCCUUGAUGUCAUCAAUGGAGAUUCUUCUGCUGUGAUGUUAAAUAGAGAGGAACAAGACAAUGAAGCAAACAAGACUGAAGAGCCUUCCAAGGGAGAGAAGCCAGUAAUAGAAAAUUUAUCUGAGUUUUAUAUCAACUCUGCCAUCUAUGGAGAAACAAAAGCUGAAUUAGAUCAACUUCCAGGAGCUCAGGAAAAGAAAGGAACAUCGGCCUUCAAAGAGCCAGUCUAUGUUACCUCUUUCUGUCACCAGCUCCGAUGGAUUGCCAGGCGCUCAUUUAAAAACUUGCUCGGGAACCCUCAAGCUUCUGUUGCUCAGUUAAUUGUUACAGUCAUACUGGGGCUUAUUAUUGGUGCCAUUUACUUUGAUCUGAAAUAUGAUGCCGCUGGAAUGCAAAAUAGAGCUGGAGUUUUGUUUUUCCUGACUACCAACCAGUGUUUUUCCAGUGUGUCAGCUGUGGAGCUGUUCGUAGUGGAGAAGAAACUCUUCAUACAUGAGUACAUCAGUGGAUAUUACAGAGUGUCUUCUUACUUCUUUGGAAAGGUGAUGUCUGAUUUACUCCCCAUGAGGUUCUUGCCAAGUGUUAUAUUCACUUGUAUAUUAUACUUCAUGUUAGGACUGAAGAAGACGGUGGAUGCUUUUUUCAUCAUGAUGUUUACCCUUAUAAUGGUGGCUUAUACGGCCAGUUCCAUGGCACUGGCCAUAGCCACAGGCCAAAGUGUGGUGUCUGUAGCAACACUUCUCAUGACAAUCGCUUUUGUAUUUAUGAUGCUCUUUUCUGGCCUCUUGGUGAAUCUCAGAACCAUUGGGCCUUGGCUGUCCUGGCUUCAGUACUUUAGCAUUCCUCGAUAUGGCUUCACAGCUUUGCAGUAUAAUGAAUUCUUGGGACAAGAGUUUUGUCCAGGAUUCAAUGUAACGGACAACAGCACUUGUGUUAACAGCUAUGCAAUAUGUACUGGUAACGAGUACUUGAUAAAUCAGGGCAUCGAACUGUCACCUUGGGGACUGUGGAAGAAUCAUGUGGCCCUGGCUUGUAUGAUUAUUAUCUUCCUCACAAUUGCCUACCUGAAAUUGUUGUUUCUUAAAAAGUAUUCUUAAUUUCCCCUUUAACGGACUAUUAAUUGUACUCCAAUUAAAUAUGGGCACUUUGAUUACCAUA